UGUACACUGCGUUCUACAGAAUGGCUAGUAGAUCACCCAGGCUUGCAAGUACCUAAGGUACCAUAAAGUUACGCAUGAAGCAGGGUGUGCUCGGCUUCUCAGGUACUCCAAGGUGAAGAAACCGAGCUGUGGGGUUGGCACGAACACGCCCUCGGCUCGGCUUGGGCGUAGUGGUCGCCCUGGAGAGUCCAAACUUCGGUGACGUCUUCCCCUCGCUCUAAGUAAACCCACAGCGGGUAAUCCCCCAAAGAUGGUCAACUAUGCCUGGAGCGUACAGUACUCGCAUUCGGGCUCGGAACUCCUCCCGCUAAGCAGGAAUCGUAGGACAUCAAGUAUUUUGCCCGAAGUUCUACCUCGGUCCGACUUAGCUGCUUAAUCCAUGCACACCAGCCUUGUCGACUGAGAAAGGUCGUUGAAAUCCGUGACGCUGCCCGAACUUUCGACUGUAAUAAUGGACAAAGCUGGGGACGCGGUCACCAUCCUUGGUGCUGGUACGCAAGGCACCAGACUAGCAUACAUGUGGACGAGCCAAGGCCAGCCAGUAUACCUCAUCGACAAGGACGAAAAGCAACUCGAAAAGGCAAAGAAAGGUGUUGAGACCCUUAAAUCAAAUACGCAGAGUCCCUGGGCGACGUCGGGUAAAUGGGGUGAAGUCAUAACAUCGUCGCCGGACGGUUUGUCUGAAGCCGCCUCAAAGUCAUGGAUGCUUCUGGAGUGUCUCCCAGAGUCGUUGAAGCUGAAGCGCACGAUUGUCAAGGAACUGGACGAGCUUGCGGGCGCGGAGACGAUUAUAGCAUCGAACUCCAGCAGCUACACGAUUGAGGAAAUCCUGGAGAACCAGUCGCUUAAGCAGCCCGACAGGUUCUCCAGUUUGCAUUGCUACUGGCCGCCUGAAACAUCUGCAAUCGAAGUGAUGGGCUCAAGCAAGACAAGGCCUGAGAUCAUCUCGCUACUCAUGGAGGAGACCAAAAAGCAUGGCUUCUCGCCUUUUCACGUCCGCAAAAACUCGACAGGAUACCUGUACAAUCGAAUAUGGGCCGCCAUCAAACGAGAAGCCCUCCUUACGCUGGCAGAAGGAGUCGCAACGCCACAAGAGCUCGACGCUAUUUUCAAGGACGUGUUGAAAACGCCUAAAGGUCCUUGUGAGCAGAUGGACGUGGUUGGACUAGACGUAGUGCGUGACAUCGAGCAACAUUACGCGGACGUGAGGACCGGAAUUCCAGAGGAACCGCGACAGUAUUUGCAGAAGAUGAUAGACCAGGGAAAGCUGGGUGUGAAAUCUGGUUCUGGAUUCUACGAAUAUGAUAGGAAAUAGGUGCUGCCCCUAGGAGGACUUGGGGAUAGGGGAACCAAAACAGUUAAGUCUCGCUUGGCCUAACUUACUGGAGACGAAGGAAGCCUAGGACGCCACCUGUUCGCCCCGGAUAAAGGGUCACUUAGCGUAAAAUGCCGCCAAGACGUCGCGAGGCUGCAGCGACUGUGGAUUUAUCUUGAAGCCACGUUUAAAGAUGCGUUCU